AUGUCUAAAAAACGGAGCAAGUUUGACGAAUUCUUCGUCAGAACAGAAAACGAGGCAACUUGUAAAGAAUGUGACGCGAAAAUUAUUUGGACAAAAACGAGUGGAACGAAUUCUGCUUCUUAUCAUUUGAGCAGAUAUCUUCCGAAAUUAGAUGAAAAGAAAAAAAUGAUGCAAUUGGCGAAAAAAAAACAAUUGGCGAAAAAAAAUUCCUUAUUCCUUAUUCCUUAUUCCUUAUUCCGGGUGUUUUUUCUAUUCCUUAUUCCUUAUUCCUUAUUCCGGAUUUAA